AUGGCCCACGACGAGCAGAAUCAUUGCAACAUCGGUGACCGAGUUCGAUUGGAGCCAUCGAGGCCUUUGAGCAAGCGCAAGCAUUGGGUUGUUGCCGAAAUCAUCACAAAAGCACGCAUUUAUGAGCCUAUUUUACCUAAUUUUGUUUGCGUUUCUUGCCAUUACCAACCACAAGACUCACUUCUUUCCAGAUCCUACUCUUCCGCUAUCUUGAGACUUUCUCUUGGUGAGUCUCCUUUACCCAUGGAUUUGGGGACAACAUCUACUUCCAAAAAGGUCCGGCGAGAGAGAACCCCAGGACGCUAUAAGGGCGUUCGAAUGAGGGCUUGGGGUAAGUGGGUUUCUGAAAUCAGGCUUCCAAAGUCGGGAGACAGGAUAUGGUUGGGCUCUUAUGAUGCCCCAGACAAGGCAGCUCGGGCCCAUGAUGCUGCUGCGUAUUGCAUUCAUGGUGAACGUGCAGAGUUCAAUUUUCCAAAGAAUAGAAGGCCAGUGCUCUCUAAGGGCUCGACAGUUUCCUUGUCCAAGAAGGAUAUACAGACUAUUGCAACAGAUUUUUCUUCAGCUGAUGUAUCAGAGUCUACUCCAGUGUCGUCUACAAUGACAACCCAGGUUCCAUCUGAUAAACCAGCUUCUCCAAAUUUACUGGUUUCUAAGGGUAUGGCAAGUGCAUAUGAAGUGGAUAGUGGUUCAUUUGCCCCAAGUUGCGCUACUGGAGAAGCUGUUGCUUCACUAGAAAAUAUACAAUUGGAUGAUUUCCUCAUGCUAGAUACAGACUGGAUAGCUGAUUUUUAUUAG